AACAUCACAAACCUGAGUGGAAAGCCACGCCCAGGAUUGGGUCACUGAAUAACAUUCAACAUAAGCCUGGUGGUGGAGACGUGAGGAUAAAAUCUGAAAAACUUACCUUUCGAGAAAAGGCCGCACCUCGUGUUGGAUCUGACAAAGAAAGUAGUCGAGGUUCGGAAACCCAGAGUUCCGUCACUUCGAUGUCACCACCACCAAGAGAGACUCCAGGAGAACUGGCAGUGGAUGAAAGCACCGCACUAUCUGAACAAACUCCAGUUACUCAACCGUCUCCAGAACCAUCUCUCCACCCAACAACUCCAGAAAUAAAAGAUGUUGUUUCACCUUCUUCUGAGCCCGAACCUCGUACUUGUAAAGAUACACCAGUUGAGAUGGACACGACUCCAGCACCCACAGACGAAAGUGUCGCAUUAGACAAAUCGCUAUCUAUAAGUUCUGAACAAGACCAAAAUUUGGGCGAUGUCCUUUCACUCUCAACAGUUAGUGAAGAAACUCCAGCCAAGAAAGACACCAGUCUGAUAUCCACGGAGGCUGUAGUAGCAGAGGAAGGACCACCUACAAGUCCUGGAGAAGAAGGAUUGGAGGAUGCCUUAUCUAAAAGUAAGCUACCAGUUAAUGUCGACAUUGAAACUGGGGUAGACGAAAUUCAGUUGCACACUGAAAAGGCUAUUGUACCGGAGACAAUUCCGGCAACCAGUUUUGAAAAAGAAGAAACAUCGGAUGUUCUUCUUCCAUCCUUGUCUGAAUCUAAGCUACCAGAUAGCAAAGAAACUCAAGCCAAAGAAGGUGUUUCUACAGCACCCACAUCCGAGUCUAAGCCACCAGAUAGCAAAGAAACUCAAGCCAAAGAAGGUGUUUCUACAGCACCCACAUCCGAGUCUAAGCCACCAGAUAGCAAAGAAACUCAAGCCAAAGAAGGUGUUUCUACAGCACCCACAUCCGAGUCUAAGCCACCAGUUAGCGAAGAAACUCAAGCCAAAGAAGGUGUUUCUACAGCACCCACAUCCGAGUCUAAGCCACCAGUUAGCGAAGAAACUCAAGCCAAAGAAGGUGUUUCUCCAACACCCACAUAUGAAUCUAAGCUACCUGCCAGUGAAGAAAGACAAAUUGAAGAAGGUGUGUCUCCAACACCCACAUCUGAAUCUAAGCCACCUGCCAGUGAAGAAAGUCAAGUUGCGGAAGGUGUUUCUCCAACACCCACGUCCGAGUCUAAGUCAGUAGUUAGUGAAGAAACUGAAGCCAAGGUAACUGUUUUUUCAGGAUCCACAUUUGAGUCUAAACCACCAGAAACUCAAGCUGAGGAAGAUGAUUCCCCAGCAUCUACAGGCGAGAGUGUAAUAUCAGAGACAGUACCAUCAUCAUUACCCGAAGAAGAAAACAAAUCAGAUCUUCCACUUACAUCGGAGUCUAAACUUUCAACUUCUAAAGAAAAAUCGUCAGAGAUACCCUCAACCCAGUCACAAAUUGUAUCCGACAAAAGCCUUGGAUCACAAGAAAUAUCAAGUGUUUCUCAAACAGUUGGAGAACCCUAUGUAUUAACGAGAGUUGCUCCAUCUAGUGAAGAAGAAAAGAAACAAGACGGUGCAACAGAGAGUAGUUAAAAUACAUAGUCUGGGUAAAGAAACAAGAGGAGGUGAUGAAAGUACAUUUCAAAUGAUGCUAAUAGCUACUAGAUCUUUUCUUAAAUUGUGGCGCUCUAUAACACAAAUCUCAAAUAAAUCUGCUUCCUGCUAUAGAGCUUCGUUCAUCACACCUUAGUACGUCACAAGUUUGUUCUUUUCAUACUAAUAGACUUCCGGUUAACGUACUUAAUCGUUUAGUUCCUGUUAUAAGUCUAAUUCUUAAUUAUUCAAAACUAACUUGUAUUUAAACCCUGUGCUACCCAGACUAACUUUUAGUCCUUGUUCUCUCUCUCUCUCUCAUAUUAACUUGUAUUUAAACCAUAUGCUGCCCAGACUAACUUGUUUUUACAUAUAUGUUGCCCAGACUACACCUUUCUAUGUCUCACUUUAUCUUGUUUUGGCACCAUUAGCCAGAAGCUAUUAAAGUAACACAAAUAUUUGAUUUAUACACAGUUUGCAACAAGUCAAAUUUUAUCCUGAAGUUUCCAGUUUAUGUGCAUCAGUGCACCCAUUUCACACACUGCUUACGGUUUCUUAUGUUUACUUUAUCUGGAAAGAUUCAACAGUUGUAAUUUUUUAUCCAAUUAGAUGAGCACGCCUUUACUACGACGUUAACGAUUGGUUAAUCUGUUUGUCCAAUUAGAUUAGCAUGGCUUUACUUCGACGUUCACGAUUGGUUAAUUGCUUGUACAAUUAAUUAGUUGUAAUGCUUUUACUUCGACGUUAACGAUUGGUUAAUCUGCUUGUCCAAUUCAAUUAGCAUGCCUUUACUUCGACGUUAACAAUUUGUUAAUCUGCUUGUCCAAUUCAAUUAGCAUGCCUUUACUUCGACGUUAACGAUUGGUUAAUCUGCUUGUCCAAUUCAAUUAGCAUGCCUUUACUUCGACGUUAACAAUUUGUUAAUCUGCUUGUCCAAUUCAAUUAGCAUGCCUUUACUUCGACGUUAACGAUUGGUUAAUCUGCUUGUCCAAUUAGAUUAGCAUGGCUUUACUUCGACGUUCACGAUUGGUUAAUUGCUUGUGCAAUUAGUUGUAAUGCCUUUACUUUGACGUUAACGAUUGGUUAAUUGCUUGUAGAAAUUUCCUUAAGUUUUCGUUGAGUGGAUCAGAUUAUUGGUAGAAUAUACAACCUUUUCAAAGAAGCUGUGAUUUCAUUUUGACAAUUAGAAAAGAAGUGCUCUUAAUUAAUAAAAAAAUAGAAAAAAAUUAAUGUGAAAUAAAUAAACUUCAGUUUUAAAUUUCGUUUUGGCGCACUCUUUGCCACUUGAGGUAUGUCUUUGUCGUACGUUGAUCGCUGUUACCGAAUAUAUAUGGAUUCUAUAUAAUUAACCUAAUUAAUUAAAUAUUACAAUUUAAAUAAGGAAUUGUAUCUUAAUCGGCUGCUAAGAUUGCAGAUACAUUUAAUGAGAUCAUUGUCUGCCAAACAACCUAUCAUUAAUAGAUGCGAAAUGAAUAAUUGUAGAAGUUAUAAACAAAAAUGCCAUUAAUUUUCACCUAGGUCAAUAGAUGGCGCCUAUAAAAGUUACACGAGACACGUUUGUUGACGAAAAUUUUUCAUCUUUUACCUGUAACCAAUCAAAGUAAACCGUUCAAACUUGAGCUGCGACAUCUAGACUUGAAAAUAAUUAUCCUGGGGAUCGUUUAUUUAGUUCAUCAUUUAAGAUGAGAUAAGGGACGAGCUAAAGUAUAAUUGAUCUUCGUUAUGAUUUAUUUAAGGAAAUAUUUGUUAUUAUAUUUUAUGUCUUACAAGCAAUUUUUCCAAUUAAAUAAACUGAAAAUAAAUCUAGUUAGUUUUAAAUAAGCUCAAUAGAUGUAUAAUAAGAAAAUAAAAAUAGCUAACCUGGACAUUUAUAAUAUGUGAAAACUUGUACAAUGCUAUUAGUUGCUUAAAUAUAUUUACUGGGGAUUGUCAUACGUCAUUCUAGAUAUUGUGAAUUGUCAGACAUCCUUCUGGUUACCAUGGAUUGUAAGAUAUCCUUCAGGUUUCUAUGAAUUGCCACAUAUCCUUCUGAUUACUGUGGUUGGCUAGUCUUUCUUCUGAUUUCUAUGGAUUGUCAUAUAUUCUUCUGAUUACUGUGGUUGGCUAGUCUUUCUUCUGAUUACUGUGGUUGGCUAGUCUUUCUUCUGAUUUCUAUGGAUUGUCAUAUAUUCUUCUGAUUACUGUGGUUGGCUAGACUUUCUUCUGAUUUCUAUGGAUUGUCAGACAUCCUUCUAUUUACAAUGGAUUGUAAAAUAUCCUUCAGGUUUCUAUAAAUUGCCACAUAUUCUUCUGGUUACUAUGGCUUCUCACAUAUCCUUCUGAUUACUGUGGAUGGCUAGUCUUCCUUCUGGUUACCAUGGAUUGUAAGAUAUCCUUCAGGUUUCUAUGAAUUGCCACAUAUUCUUCUGGUUACUAUGGCUUCUCACAUAUCCUUCUGAUUACUGUGGAUGGCUAGUCUUCCUUCUGAUUUCUAUGGAUUGUCAUAUAUUCUUCUGGUUACCAUGGCUUCUCACAUAUCCUUCUGAUUACUGUGGAUGGCUAGUCUUCCUUCUGAUUUCUAUGGAUUGUCAGACAACCUUCAGGGUACUAUGGGUUGUAAGAUAUCCUUCACAUCGCUAUGGAUUGUCAUAUAUCCUUCUGGUUACUAUGAGCUGUAAGAUAUCCUUCUGAUUACCAUAGAUAUUCAGUCGUCACACUGGUUCCCGAGGACUGCCAGACAUCCUUCUGGUUACUAUGAGCUGUAAGAUAUCUUUCUGAUUACCAUAGAUAGUCAGUCGUCCUUGUGGUUACUAUUGAUUGUCAGUCGUCACACUGGUUCCCGAGGACUGCCAGACAUCCUUCUGGUUACUAUGAGCUGUAAGAUAUCUUUCUGAUUACCAUAGAUAGUCAAUUGUCCUUGUGGUUACUAUUGAUUGUCAGUCGUCACAUUGGUUUCCGAGGACUGCCAGACAUCCUUCUGGUUACUAUGAGCUGUAAGAUAUCUUUCUGAUUACCAUAGACAGUCAGUCGUCAUUGUGGUUACUAUUGAUUGUCAGUCGUUUUUCCUGGUUUACUACAGGCUCUUGAAAAUUUUGAAUAUCAUUAGUAUGGCAAUAAUUUAGAUAUUAUUUUCAAAGUUUCCACGUACUUAAUGAGUUGCAUCACCUACUGUUUUGAGUGUACGGUGAUAUCAGUAAAGGGUGUGAAUUAGGAGUAAGACAUAACCACUGUGUGUUUAUGAUGUGGCGUGUUUUUGUUUUUAAAAAAUCAAGAACAACAAAUUAGUUUAACUGAAGUAAGUUAUCCUAACCACACGUGGGGGUCUUUAUUUUCAUGUUUAGUAUCUGAAGGAACUUUUGUUGUGACCCAUCACUCAUGCAAGUGAACAUAUAAGAAAGAAAUGUUAUUCAAUAGAAUAGUUGCCUUUGUUACACGUCCACACAACUUGGUUUUUAUAUUUAUAACUAAUACUUGUCUCAUGUGAUGUAUUCGGUUGAUGUUAAUAAAGCUUUGGCAUAGCAGCUUCUAAGAAAUGAAA